GUGAGUUCCCCUUCUCCUUCUCCUUCUCAUCCUUUUCCAUUCUAUCAAAAAACUUCACAUGGUUCCAGUUACUACCUCAUUCAACUCUACAUUCCAUGUAUUAUGUUAGUGGUCGUCUCUUGGGUUUCAUUCUGGCUCGAUAAGGAUGCGGUACCAGCUCGGGUAUCUUUGGGUGUCACCACAUUGCUCACAAUGACAACUCAAGCUAGCGGUAUCAACUCCAAACUUCCACCUGUUUCCUAUAUAAAGGUAAGCUGA